UUUUUUGGUGAUAAGUUAAUUGUUUGUGAUUCUUAUUAAUUACUCUUAUAUUUCUGUUUCUCUCUUCCGUUUAAAAUAUUUAUUGUAUUUACCUUUAAUUCAUUUCAUUCUUAAUUCAUUAUAAUGGCAACUCCAUGUUUCGCUGAUUUGGGUAAACAAGCCAAAGAUUUGUUCAACAAAAACUACCAUUUGGGUAUUGUAAAGCUUGACUUUAAAACUAAAACACAGAAUAAAGUUGAGUUCAAUGUUAGUGGAACAUCAAACACUGCAACUGGUAAUAUUGCUGCUAAUUUGGAAUCGAAACAUUAUCUCUCUGAUUAUGGAUUAACAGUGAAAGAAAAAUGGACAACCGAUAAUGUUUUAUCCACUGAGCUUUCUGUUGAUGAUCAAUUCGCUAAAGGCCUUAAGCUCGCCUUUAACGGAUCAUUUGUUCCACUUUCUGGUAAAAAGAAUGGAACCUUUAAAACAUCAUUUAAAACUGAUGCUUUACAUUUGAAUGGAGAUGUUGAUAUGGAACAAAGUGGAUUUGUACUCCAUGGAGCUGGUGUCUUUAAAUUCCAAUCAUGGUUAGGUGGAGCUCAACUUUCCUUUGACCCAUCUAAAAGUGCGAUCAAGAAAAAUAACAUUGCCAUUGGAUAUCAAACACCAGAAUUCAACUGGACCACCAAUUUGGCUGAUGGUAAGGAAGCUUCGAGUACUGUUUACCAACGUGUUAAUGACAAAUUGGAAACUGGUAUUUCUCUUGCCUGGUCAACUGACAGCAAUGCCACUCGAUUUGGACUUGGUUGUAUCUACAAGCUUGACAAUGACACUUCAGUCAAGGCCAAAGUUAAUAACAGUGGAACUAUUGGACUUGGACUUGUUCAUCGUCUUCGAUCUGGUAUUUUGCUUACACUUUGUGCUUCCAUUGAUGGUAAAAAUGUCAGUUCUGGUGGACACAAACUCGGUAUGGGAUUGGAAUUGGCUCCUUAAUCAUUUGGGAUCAUUCAGUUAACAGAAGUAAAUGAAGAAAGCUAAAGACUGAUUCCAAUGCUGCCAAUGAAGAGAAAGAAAUUAUCAUUGCGAUAUAAAGAGUUAAUGUUUUUAAGAAGAAGAAGAAGAAAAAAGGUUAUCAAUCCCAGAAAAAUCAAAAAUUAUAGAAAAUGUAAGAGAUAAAACAAACCAAAUCAUAUUAUUGUAUGAGUUGGUUAACUUGAUGCAAUCAUUAACCAAAUAAAAUACAAUGUAUCCAAAUCGA